UGGGUUUGGUUGGAAUUCUUCCAAUCGAGAGCGACGAUGGAAGGCGGCGACGAAAUUCGGCGACGCGCGCUGGAAGAGGCCUUUGGGGAGUCCUCCGACGAUGACGGCGCUGGCGGUGGCGAGGAAGAAGAAGAAUCGGAUCCCUCCUCUUCCGCCUGCUCCCUUCUCCUGCGCAGGAAGAGCGCUGCGGACGGCCUCUUAAAUGGGAGAUGGUCGAUGGGGUUAAAGGUUUGUGGCUCUGCCGGGACUUUCUCUCAGCAGCUCAACAGUCAUCCCUGCUAUCCGCGAUCCAACAUGGUAGUGGAGAUGCAUCCGGGUUUUAUUUUGUCUUUGAUUGACAGUUUCCUAUACAUUUUAUUGCUUGUGUUUUUUGUUUUUUUAGAAGGGUGGUUCGACGAUGGUUGUCAUAAUCAGGCUAUGAGAUUUGGUGAUCUUCCUGGAUGGGCUACUAAACUUUCUAGAUUAGUUUGUGAGGCAGUCUGGUUUAGUGAAGUAUCUCCUGCAGCUGACACAGAAUCAAUUGUUGGAGAUCAGUAUGGAGAAGAUUGUUGGCCUUUGCCACUAGAUUUGUUGCAGAGGGAACCUCUUUUUGACCAACUAAUUGCCAAUGUCUACUAUCCAGGGGAGGGAAUUUGUGCACAUGUGGACCUAAUGCGCUUUGAUGAUGGAAUUGCGAUAAUCUCAUUAGAAUCAGCUUGUGUAAUGCAUUUCACUCAGUGUAAACAAGAAGAUAACAUUAACAAAUCUCAAACAGAAGAGGGUAUAAAGAGGAUCCCUGUUUUCUUGAAUGCUGGAUCAGUGGUUCUUAUGUCAGGGGAAGCUCGGUAUUUGUGGAAACAUGAAAUAAACCGGAAACAAGGAUUUCAGUUGUGGGAAGGAAGAGAAUUAGCUCAACAGAGAAGGACCUCUGUGACUCUAAGGAAGUUAUGCAAAUCACACAAUUGAAAUUUAAGCAAUUUUGUCAUUUCUUCCAUGCAAGUUUUACCCUGAGUCUUCCUUUCAGCUAUUCAGUCAAAUAUUAAUAGAGGAACAUCCGUUUUGCUGCUGUUUUCAGUCUGAAGAAGUUGGUGAUUUUUGCAGAAGAAAUUGCCAACACGGACAGCCAUGUAUAUAUCCAACAUCAAUAUUUUAAAAUUGUUCUCAUUUAGAUCUACAUCCUCCAAGGAGCCAGGUUUAUUGUUCUUUAAAGUAGCUGACAGAUUCAACUUAAAAUGCUGAAUUCAUUGGUAAGGAGUUGUAAUUAUCUUGGAUGGUUAAUUGCCUGCUAUAAAUCUCUCUGAUUUUCAUUGCUUA